CGGGAAAUCUAAAAUAAUAUUUGUUGUUAAAAAUAAAGAUGGCAAAUUCGUUCCAGAAUGAAAUCGAAAGUUUAAAAGAAACGAUUGAACAAAAUAAUAAAGAUCUUUACAAUGCUGGGGUACAAGGCAAAGCAUUGCUUGAACGGAAUGAACAACUUGAAAACGAGAUUCAACAACUUCAUAUUGAAUAUACAAAAACCAACGAGGAACUGGAACAAGAAAAAUAUUCUUUGAAAUCUAGAAUUGACUUUUUGGAAAAAUCUGAAAAACGUUUGGAAAACUCAAUUUUGGAAGAAAAGCAAAGUUUGCGAAUUGAUGUCGAUCGUAAGUGUGAGGGGUUGGAUAAGUUGCAUCGAGCUGAGAUAUCGGCCAUUAAACAUCAGAUGAAAGAAUUACAAAACGAAUUGGACGAAUCCCGGUUAAUCCAGCGACAACAAGAGGAUAAAAUAAACAAACAAAACGAAUUACUUGAUGAUGUUGAAGCAAGAAGAAGACAAAUACACAAUGACUCAUGCACGACGGAGCUCGAACUCGCCACGGAAGUUGAAAAGUUGAAAAUAGAAAUCAUAAAACUACGUAAAGAAUCAAUGCAACAUCAAAAUUUAAACGAAAGAUAUGAGUUACAGGUGGCAGCGAUGCAGAAAGAGUUGUUUGACCUCAACGAACAGAAACGAAACGUUGAAAAAGAUCGAGAAACUUAUUAUAAUCAACUAGAGCGUUGUCGUCAAGAGAAACGGGACGUCCAAUCAGAGCUUGAUGCUGUCAUGUUCCAAGCCUCGGACCCCAAUUCAAGGGGGAACUCCCUGUUUGGAGAAGUCGAGGACAAGAGAGUGAUUGCUGAGAAGAAUUUGAUCAGUGCGCAAAUUAAACUAAAAUGUUUGAAGAAGAGAUUCGAUCAACAAGUCAGUUACGCUCUUCAUUUAAAGACGAAGAUUGCCCAGUUAUGGCAGACACGUGGUGGCAGUGCAGAGCAAGAUCGAAUACGUCGACUCGAAGUUACGUUGUCGACCACCCGUAACGAUUACGAGAAAGCGAUGUCCAAGAUAUCUAAGUUGGAAGUGCAGUUGUUUGAUAAAUCCACCAAAGUAACAUCAGCGUUAAAGGAAGGAUGCACGGACGCCGACUUCGCUGGUUUUCUAGAAGGGAUUAUUAAGAAGAAAGAGUCAGAGUUAAAAGAAACGAAGAAAGAAUUAGACGAGACUCAGCUGUUCUUGAUGGCCGAGACAAACAAAGUCAGUGAAGCGGAACGAGCGUUGUAUCGGAGUCGUUGUGAUUGUGACACGUUACGCGCCAAGGUUGUGAAGCUAAACCUGGAGAUUGCUCAGCUUAAGUUGGAGCACGGGAGUGGUGGUCGUGUAAAGUCGGCGGUAAAGAAAGGAAACCGGGAAAUAAUCGGUGAUUGUGAUGUCAUAGGAAAAGAAAAUGGGAAUAUUUUGCAAGAAGCUAACAAUUUAAUAACCUCAACUCCCAGUGAUGACCAUAUUAAAAAUUCCAGUGAUGACCAAACAAAACCUAAACAAGCAGUUUGCCCAGAUGAAUGCAAACAACAAUGACACAAGUUAUAUUAACUUUUAAAAUGAAAUAUUUGUAAAUAUUUAUUAAAAACAACAAGUUAUAAAUUAUGAGAUUUAUUUCGUCAAAUAUCAAGCACAACGAAAUAUUAGAAAAAGCUUUUCCGGUAAAAAUAUUAAUCUUAUAAAUAACACCAAUGUUUUAUCUGUCAUUUGACAAGACGGCACAUAUCGUAAAUUUACUU